AGAACGCUUUACCAUCGUUGCCGUCACUCCUCCAAGAAUGAAUUUGUCGUAAUACCUACGUCCCGUGCCUUUUUCAUACAACUGCAGGUGUUCUUUUUGUUGUUGUUGUUGUUAUCUUCUUGGUUAAACCUCUGUUUCUGGCUCUAGCGUCGAGUAACUGAUCUUGCUCGCGCCGCCAUCUUCGCCAUUAUCUCUCAUAUAAUAAUUUAUUAUUUAUUUGUUUAUUUUGCCGCUGCGAAUCAUUAUUGGGUACCCACAAGUGUGCUUUAGAUAAUCGACUUUUCCGGUGUUUUUAGUUCACUCACUUUUUCGCUCUGUUUUUUUUUUACCAAAACACCAAAAGUUUUGAGUCAAAGUCUUUCCGUUGUUGUUGUUACUGACGCUCACGGUGUCCGCUGUUUUCUGUCGACGCUGAUCCUUUCUUCUGCUCAUCCUUUUCGAUUGGCGCCACUCACGCAUCUUUACUUUUUGAUUUCCUUCUUAUUAUUUUUUUUGUCUUCUUUUUCGUCUCAUACGAGUGGGCUCGCAGCAAAAGAAAAACUGAUCGCGGCAAUUAAACGGAAAGGCGUUUUCUUCCUUUUUACAAUAAAGACACAGCUUUUCCCGCUCUUUAUAUUGCCUCGCUCCUUUAAUUUUUAUGUAUUUCUCUAUUUUGUUUUUCUCUCUCUCUCUACGUCGGUUUUUCUUAAUUACUGUUUUGUUUUUGUUUUUGUUUUGCGUGUAUUCGCAACAUCUUUUUCAAUUACCAUUAAUCCCACCGCAUUAUUGGCUUGUCGUGUGCGAAGUAAAAGAGAUCGCAACUGAAAGUGAAGGAAAGAAGAACCCAAGUGUACCUCUUCGUUCCUAUUCUUUUGUUUGUUUGUAUUUUCCCUGACUUCUCCGUAUUCUCCCCCUCGCUCUUCUGACCUGUGUGGCUUUUACACAAAAACGCGCACGUACACAUGCCAAAAUUCUGGUCCGUUUUAGGGAUUUGUUAGUUAACCGCGUUUCCAGUUGUUCCGCUUUCCAUUGUGGCGUAUUCGAUUUUUGUUUUUGUCUUCCUUUUCUCUUCGACUCACACGAUUGUAAAAAACUCGUAUCACCAACGUUCGACUUUUUGAUCUUUUUAUUUCCGUUUCUUCGUUUGUUUUUUCUUUUCCCCCUCGGCUCCCACCUGAGCUUGUUGAGGUGUUCUUCUUGUAAUUCAUUUUUGUUUAAGGAAGCUAAGCUGAUUUGUUCUCUUUCCCUUCAGCUUGUUCUGUUCUGAUAGCGAGCUCGUACCCUCUCUUUUUCACGUUCUUUGACUCUGAUUUAAAGUUUAAAAAAAAAAACAUCUCCUUUUCCCUUCGCCCUUUAAUAUCUUAUUCCUUGAAAAAAAAAAUCGGCCGUUUUCUCCCAGUGUGUGUGCGUGUGUCUACCUUUUUUUUUCGUGUAACCCUAUUAUUUUGUUUACUGUUACUUUUUUUUUGUAUUUUGACUUUCCUUUGUUGCUGCUGUUUUUCUUUCUUGUUUUUCCUCGUGUUUUGCAGUGUAAGUUAGCGACGAAGCCUUUCCUAUUCCUAUUGACUCCGUGUUCAAACACACUCGCUCUAGUUCUCUAUUCGUCUUGAGUUUACGCUUUCCUUCGAAAAGCACCGCCAGAUAUAUCAUUUUUUCCGGCUUUCGUGGUAAAGAAAAAGGAGCAGAACGGUAAAAAAAAGCGUCUUCAUUUCGUGUGUUUUUCUUGUCUUUUUUUUAAACGUUUACGUUUCUCUGUCCGACGUUCAUCUCGUCCUUUAAUCAUUUUCAUUGUUUUGGACUCCCACCUUUUGUUUUAUCGCCACGGUUAUUAUUUCUGCUAUUUUGCAUCUUAUUACCGUUGGCGUUCUUUUCCUUCUGUGUGAUUUCUUUUGUUUUUUGUUUCCUCCUCUCUACUUCCGCCUCUCUCUAUAUUAACGAUUGCGCGUUGGUGUUGGUAGCAUCUUCGUCCCUCUCUCCCUCUCUUCUGCAAACGACAACACUUCUGACUACACCCUGUCUUCUUGAACACGCCAGAGGCACAAUAUAUAAAAAAAAGAGCCAACGGGAAACCAGUGAUCAUGGACUUCGACAGAACCCUGCAGCAGUGGACAGUCGCGAAAGGCGCCGCCUCUUCCAGCUCCACGGUGACCCUCAACGCCCUCUCCGUCCCUGAGGCGAACAUGAACGCGAGCUACAACAGCAAAACCGGUGCCUCGAGCUACGGUGUGGCGCUGCCGGUGAGCGCCCCUUUCUCGCUCGACCCCGGCCCUGCUGGGGCGUACUCUGCCUCCGUGUACUCCGUUAUCGACCAAAUUGUACGCGAGGCGAUGAACCGCACCACCUCGCCCGUGUCCGACGAUGACAGCGAUGCCGCCUCCAACUCGCCAAUGAGCAUCACCCCCGCCUGGCAGUCCCUGUCGAAGCAGUCUUCGCUGCAGCAGCCUGGGCUGACCACCCCGGGGCCGCACGUCUUUUCCAGUCUGCCGCAGCCGCUCUCUGUUGCCGCCGUCAGCGCCUUCAACAGCCACCACAACCACCGCCGCCCACACCACACCCACGGUGACACCUGUAGCGGGGUCAGCGGUUCCUCCACGCCCGCCCACCAGCCGUCGCACUUCUCCAGCGCCGUCGGUUCGCCCCUGUCACCCGUCAGCAACCACGGCAGCAUGGAGGUCGUCAUCCCAGGCGCGGUGGCCGCCGGGGUGCAGCCAAGCAGCAAUGCCGCGACGCACUACAAGACGAAGCGGUGCCGUCACUUUUACCAGUCCGGCUGGUGCCCCUAUCAACACCGCUGCGUCUUCGCCCACGGCGAUCGCGAGCUCGCCCUCUACACCGCCCGCAAGAACGAGGCGACGAACGGCAGCCACCUCAAGACGUCGCAGCAGGUAAAAGAUCACAUCGCACGCAACGUGCAUCAGCUCGUGGAAGAGUACGAGCAGGCGGUGGCGGAGGCAGCGGCGAACGCGAAGGCGAAGAACGCGGCGGCUGCGGUCACAGCCUCGCUCAGUCCUCUGACCAACUCGGCGAUGACGAUGGUGACAAACAUCAGCGCCGCACAGUCCGUCUCGCAGGUGUCCUCGGCCGCCUCGCAGCACUCCAGCGUGCCUUUGGCUGUCUCCUCUCCCUUGGACCCAGGCUCAGUCAUGGCGCAGUCCGCGAGCGUCAACUCGGGCGUCCCUGUCUUCCACUACCAAUCGCAGCAGUCGGCACCACAGCCACAACCAAUGAUGCAGCCCCAGCAGCAGCAGCAACCGCAGCAAUACACAGUGCUGAGUCAGCAGCCCAUCUUCAUUUCCACAGCGAACAACCCCAGUAGACAGUGCACCCCGCUUCAGUUUACCACCGUCAGCGCCCCGGUCGGAACCACCUUCACGGUGCUGCCGACGAACACGGCGACAAUGCAGGCGUCCGCGCCGCAGUCACUGUACAUUAGCCAGCAGCAGCAGCAACAGCAACAGCAACAGCAGCAACGGCAACCACAGUUUCUCUUUGCUGUGUCAACAAAUUCGCAGGAAGUGUACCAACUGCAAGCCCAACCGCAACCGCAACCUCCACAGCAGCCGCAACAGCCGCAACAGCAGCAUAUCUAUGUCGUCGAAGCUCCGUUUUUUCAGCCGGUGCAGAUGAGCGCCAGCAGUGCGAGCAGCGUCACCACAACAGGGCAACUCACGCAAAGCAGUGACAGCCUUCACGCAUACCCUUCCAGUGGCUACGUGAAUUCGAGCGGAACAGCGUUUGGCGCUGCCCCACUGAGGGGUCGUUAUGCGUCGUGA